AUAAAGCUCACACAGCGAAAAGACUUUGUACGAUCCCGAGACUUAACGUGGACUUAAACAAUGACUUUUGAAGAAUUAAGUGGACAAGACAACGCGGCUGCCACUGGCGAUAGAAUGCAGAGUGCAGGAACAGCACUGGAGGAGCUCCUGGUCUCCGCUAAAAAACAGGACUGUCUCACCGUCGGGGUGUACGAGUCCGCACAGGUUAUGAAUGUUGACCCGGAUAGUGUGGCUUUCUGCGUCCUGGCUACGGAUGAAGAGUACGAGUGUGACAUCGCACUCCAAAUCCACUUUACUCUCAUUCAAGCCUUCUGCUUCGAUAACGACAUCAACAUCGUCCGCGUGAACGACAUUGAAAGUCUCGCUGACAUCGUGGGCAGCGGUCAAGACGACGAGCCUAAGGACGCGCACUGCAUACUUGUAACGAGCCCCAACAGUGACUCAUGCAAAGGUUCUGCUCUUGAGAGACUGGGCAUGUUCUGCGAGGAGAGCCGCAAUGUCUAUGAGUGGGUGCCUACUAUUACCCUGCCAGAACGCUGAUGAGGAGACCGCUUUAACAUGUUUACAUGUAUGAAGCAGGAAACAAGUCGAAGACGUCCAUCCUGAAGGGUUCAGAAGAUAUUGUCUGGAUUACCCUUGCGACUCAGGAGGUUAAAGGUGGACUGUCCCAGGAUACGGUUGGAGGUCCUGGAAAGUUGGCCACUGUGGUUCACAACCUUUUGUUUGUUUGUUUGUUUUAUGGACGAGCAUGGAAAAGUGAGGGUGCCACUGAGGUCUAUUGUUGACGGUGUCAUGAAGGCUAGAGGACAAAAAGGACUAGAGGACUGACCGAGAGAGAGAGAGAGCGCGAGAGAGAGAGAGCGCGAGAGAAAGGACAUUUGGAUUGGGAGAGAAACGGCAAAAUAUAAAGAUUGCUGGAGGCAAUUGGAGCCGGCUUUCUUGGAAUGUGAAGAUAUGGAUUUUAAAGAGGAAACAAAAGACAUUUUGAAAAGCAUAUUGGUUUGUGGUCUAAUGGCCACAUUAUAUGGACGCUAAUGUAACUUUUGGACUUUUAACAUGUAAAUAGAGUUUUCAUGUUUAAUGUUAUUAUAAAGUUGUACUUUAUUUUGUCAAACGUUCACAAUGUCAAAUCAUGGCAAAGAUGCAUAAAGUCACAAAUGAAUUUAAAUAAAUGCCUUAAAAAUA